AUGCUUCAGAAUAACCUGUUAAGACAAGUUCCUUCUGAAGCACUUCAGAACCUACACUCUCUUCAGUCUCUACGGCUUGAUGCUAACCAUAUUAGCUUCAUACCUUCCAAUUGUUUCAGCGGCUUGGUGUCACUUAGAUACCUGUGGCUAGAUGAUAACUCUUUGACUGAAAUUCCAGUGCAAGCUUUGAGAAGUUUGCCAGCACUUCAGGCAAUGACACUUGCACUCAACAAAAUCUGCUACAUUCCAGAUUAUGCUUUUGGAAAUCUCUCCAAUUUAGUAGUGCUGCAUCUUCAUAACAAUAGAAUCAACUUCUUGGGAAAGAAAUGCUUCAAUGGCCUCCAUAGCCUAGAGACUUUAGAUUUAAAUUACAACAAUCUGAAUGAAUUUCCCACUUCUGUCAAUGUCCUCAGAAACCUGAAAGAACUAGGAUUUCAUAAUAAUAACAUAAGGUCAAUACCUGAACAGGCAUUUAUGGGCAAUCCAUCACUUACAGCAAUGUAA